AUGAGGCACGUGAUGAACAGCUCUGAUGAGACCAGGAUGGUGGUGUUUGACUCCAAUGUGACGCUGUUGCCGUACUACAUGCACUCAGCCAGAAUGGCACUCAGCUACGUGCUAUUGUACACACUCGUGUGUGUGGUGUGUGUUGGGGGCAACACGCUGGUGUGUGUGGUGGUCCUGACCAACAGGAACAUGCGCUCCGUCACCAACCUCUUCAUCCUCAACCUCGCCAUCAGCGACCUGUUGGUGGGCGUGGUCUGUGUGCCAAUCACGCUGAUCGACAACCUUAUCUCAGGUUGGCCGUUUAGUCAGACGACCUGCACUCUCAGUAAUCUCAUCCAGGGAACGUCUGUCUCUGCGUCCGUCUUCACACUCGUCGCUAUUGCAGUGGACAGAUAUACAGGCAUUGUUUAUCCAUUUCGCCACCGCUUGAGGCGGGUCACUGCUGUCUUCGCCAUCUUCUUUAUCUGGCUUCUGGCGUUCGCCAUUAUUUUCCCUUCAUCCGCAACGCUGACCGUCAUCCAGCCGGAUGACAUGUACAUGGUGCAUGAAAACAAGAGUUAUCCACUGUUCGUGUGCUAUGAGGACUGGCCUCGCUCUGGCAUGAGACGCAUCUAUACCACCACCAUCUUUGUCCAUGUGUACGUCCUCCCCCUGGUGCUAAUCAGCAUCAUGUACGGCUGCAUUGCCUGUAAGCUGUCAGGAAAACUGCGGCAGAGCAGCAGGCGUCUAAAAGUGAUAAAGAUGUUGAUCACGGUGGCCGUGUUGUUCAUGGUGUUAUGGCUCCCGCUGUGGACGCUCAUGCUGUUGACGGACUAUCAGGAGCUGGAUGUCCAGCAGAUCGACUUUCUGAGCAGCUACUUGUUUCCUGUUGCACACUGGCUGGCGUUCUUCAACAGUGCCAUCAACCCAAUCAUCUAUGGAUUCUUCAACGAGAAUUUCCAGCGAGGUUUUCAGGCUGCCGUCUCCUGUCGACGGUAUGAUUCGCCGCCGCUUGUCUUUCAUCGCAGAAGAUUUGCGAAUAAAGUCUCGAACAACGCUGGAGGGCCAUCUGGAGGACAGAAUGAAGUGAGAUGUGCGCCAAUAGCACAACUAAAUCCAGUUCCCGUUGUCUUACUUGAAGAUGUAAAGAAGCUGCCUGGGGUCAAGCAUGUAAACAAUGCCUGGGUGGAGUGAAGAAAAGAUGAGUGAAGAGCUCCUU